AUGGGGCACAACAAAGCUGGCCAUGUGUCUCUUUACGGAAGAGGUGUGACUGCUUCAUAUCUAAAGAAAAAAUCACCUUCAUUCUAUUUCAUGGAUGCCCAGAGAAUGAUUGAAAAUGCUAGAAGAGUUGCUACGGAUGAGAUGAAAGAAUACAUGAAAAUUGCAAAUGGCUUAAACCCAAGUGCCAGAGAAGAGAAGAUCCAAUGCAUAGAGAAGGAGAGACAAGCUCUACUUAUGGUCAAGCAAAGCCUCAUCGAUGAUUAUGGUCAUCUCUCGUCUUGGAGAAAUGAAGGUGGAAAAAAAGAUUGUUGUCUAUGGAGAGGUGUCCGAUGUAGCAAUAGAACACGCCACGUGAUCAUGCUCGAUCUGAGUAAACCUUUCACCUACCCUUUAAGAGGUAAGAUCAAUCCUUCCUUGCUUGAACUGCGGCAGUUAAGAUAUUUAGACCUCAGUGACAAUCAAUUUGAAGGAAGUAUGUUCCCGAAUUUAAAUGGCUCACUGAGUAAGUUAAGAUACUUAAAUCUCAAUAAUGCUGGAUUAAGUUCAACACCACUCAAUCAACUUGGGAAUUUGUCAGAAUUGCAGUUCCUUGAUCUUAGCUUCAAUGAUUACAAUAUUUCCAACCUUGAUUGGCUUCAUGGUCUUUCUUCUUUAAGACAUCUUGACCUUAGUUGGAACAACCUUACUGAUGCUAAGGAUUGGCCGCAACUACUCAACAUGCUUCCUUACCUAGAAGACUUAAAGUUGAGUGAGUGUCAUCUUCCGAGAAUCCUUUUUCCACCUUCCCUCACUAAUUCCACUUCAUCGCCACUUUCCAUUGAUCUCUCUUCUAACGAGCUUACUUCUUCCAUUUACCCGCUGUUGUUCAAUAUCACCAGCCAAAUUGUUGAUCUUAACCUAAAUGAUAACACGUUAGCUGGCUCAAUUCCGGACUUUUUCAGGAAAAUGAUUUCUCUUAAACAUCUUUCUCUCUGGGACAAUAACCUUGAAGGUGAUAUUCCGAAAUUCCUUGGGAACAUAUGUACUAUUGAAACCUUAUCCCUUCCAUUCAACAACUUCAGUGGAUCAAUUAUUCCUGGGUAUUUUGGGUGCUUAGAAAAUUCAUUGCAGGUUUUGGACCUAUUUGCAAAUAGCUUUCAUGGUCAGUUAAUGUUACCUUAUGUUGCAAGAUUUUCUUCCUCAAGAGUGCUUGAUAUCUCAGAUAAUAGAUUAAAUGGUGUUUUGUCAAAGACCUUUAACUUUAAACAACCUUCCAAGCUUAUUGUCUUGUUUUUGUCAAGCAACCAACUUAAAGGGACGUUACCGGAUUUCACAAUAUUUUCAUCCUUGAAAGCAUUAUCUAUUCAUAAUAACCAAUUGAACGGAAUUGUCCCUGAAAGUUUGGGAUGCCUAUCCCAGCUUGAGUAUUUGGAUUUUUCUGGAAAUUCUUUGGAAGGUGUGAUAUCUGAAACUCAUUUCAAAAAUCUUUCCAAAUUAAGGUUUCUUUACUUGUCGUUCAACCAUUUGGUUGUGAAUUUUAGCUCCGGUUGGGUUCCUCCUUUUCAGUUAGAUCAAAUUUAUCUAUCAUUUUGCAAAUUGGGGCCUCACUUCCCAAAAUGGCUUCAAACUCAAAAAGAAUUUCAACAUCUUGAUGUCUCUGGUGCUGGAAUUUCGGAUACCAUCCCUGAUUGGUUUUGGGACUUACCUCCAUAUUUAUCUUUCUUAAACCUCUCUCAUAACCAGAUAACUGGCAUGCUACCAGACUUAUUUUUUCACUGGCAAAACCUUGUUGUUUUGAAUUUAGCAAAUAACAACUUCUCAGGGGUUAUUCCAACAACUGUGGGAUCGUUGUUGUCAAUUGAAGCAAUUAAUUUGCGCAAUAAUAGCUUCUCUGGAGACUUACCUUCUUCUUUGAAGAACUGCAAUCAGUUGGCAUUUUUGGACUUAAGCCAGAAUACGUUUUCUGGAAGUAUACCGGCCUGGAUAGGAGAAAACUUGUUAUCUUUGAUUUUUUUGAGUCUACAAGCUAAUGAGUUUUAUGGGAGGAUACCUUCCAAUUUAUGCCAAUUAGCAAAUAUACGGAUUCUGGACCUCUCCCAAAACACUCUCUCUGGAUCAAUACCAUUGUGUCUUAAUAAUUUGACUGCCAUGGUUCAAAAGGCAGAUCCAAACGAUAUUAUCGAACAACACUAUAAUUCUGCAAGGCAAGAUAUUAGUUUUACUGGUGGCUAUUAUAUUGCGAAGGCAUGGGUUGGAUGGAAAGGAAAAAAGUAUGAGUAUGAAAGAAGCCUUGGACUGUUUAGGAUCAUUGAUCUUGCAAGUAAUAAAUUGGAUGGAGAAAUUCCAGAUGAGAUAACAAGACUUUCUGAAUUGGUUGCAUUGAACUUAUCGGGGAAUAAUUUGAUUGGGUUUAUUCCUGAAAACAUUGGUCAGUUGAAACAAUUAGAAUCACUUGAUUUGUCGAACAACCAAUUGUCAGGGCGAAUUCCUAACGGCAUGGCUGAUCUAAAUUUUGUGAGUUACUUGAACCUGUCAUAUAAUAGCUUAUCAGGAAAAAUUCCAUUGGGUACUCAACUCCAGUCCCUUGAUGCUUCAGCCUUCAUUGGUAAUCAAGCACUGUGUGGGCCGCCAAUUAGACAAGAGUGCCCCAAAAAUGACAUGUUUCAAGCUCAACCACCUGAACAAGAGAGGGAUGAAUUCAAUAGAUGGUUUUAUGUUGGAAUGGGAAUCGGAUUCUUCAUGGCGUUUUGGGGAGUUUUUGGCAUUCUACUGUUGAAGCGUUCUUGGAGGCAUGCAUAUUUUCGACUCUUGGAUAGCUGGACUGACGUGACAUUCAUGCUGUGGAGUGCAAGAUUGGAAAGGAAGUUCCAAAGUUAGAGACUACUAAGUUUCUGCAAAAGGUUAACUAUCAUAGUUGUAGCAAUAUCAGAGUUGUGAACUAUGGAUUCAAAAAGAUAAAGAACGUGGCACGCAGACAUAGCUCCAGAUUGGGAUGACUUGCAGUGUCUGUUGAUGAAUAGUCUGCUUUUUCUUCUGUUUUGAGAAAGAUGAAUAAAUAUGCUUUGAAAUUAUCUUCUUGUCUACGUAUGCUUAUCUACUUGUUGAUGGACA